AUUUGGUAGCGUAAUACAUAAAUUUUUAUUUAUCUGUUAUCAGCUGAUUAACAGAGAGGUUAGAAAUUUAGAAUUUGUUUUUGUAAUUUCCUGUCGAUUAAUUGUAUUUUAAACGAAAAUGACUGUCAAACCUCGUGAAAGACCAGCAGAUCCUGACGAUGACCCUGUAGAAGCGAUGCUAAAGAAAACAGGCUGCUUGGAAUUACACUACAAAGUACAGGAAUGCAUAGCUACAACCAAAGAUUGGAGGAAGUGCCAGACAGAAGUGAACGAUUUCAGAGACUGUAUCAACAAACACAAGAAACCUGAAGUAAAAAGUUAAUUUAGUUAUUA